UCACAUUUAUAUGCAUGAAACCGUACCAUAUUACAUUUGACUCUAUUUUUUAGAUUUAUGUCUAUAAAUAAUAUUUCAUUCUUCGUCUCCCAUAUCAUCUCUCAAUAUAAUACCUCACAUUAACACUUAUCCAAAAAUAGCUAUACAUAACAACACAAAACUCAAGAACAAUAUCUUCAUCACUUGAUCAAUACAUCGUUGUCCAACCAGUCUAAGUAACCUACGGGCUACGGCAACAACAUUACACCAUGGUGAAACAAGAACCUAAGAUCCAAACCAGCUCCAAGAAGGACAUGUCUUUGACUUCACCAUCUCAUUCUUCAUCUUCGUCUUCGUGUAAGAGCAAGAAGAAUAAGAUUAAGAAGUACAAAGGAGUGAGGAUGAGAAGUUGGGGAUCAUGGGUGUCUGAGAUUAGGGCACCAAACCAAAAGACAAGGCUUUGGCUAGGCUCUUACUCAACAGCUAAGGUAGCAGCUAGGGCUUACGAUGUUGCACUUUUGUGUCUCAAAGGCCCUCAAGCCAAUCUCAACUUCCCCACUUCUUAUUCUUCUUCUCAUUUUCUAUUAGACGAAAGUACCAUUUUGUCCCCGAAAUCUAUCAAAAGAAUUGCGGCUCAAGCUGCCAACAACUCAUUUGACCUUUUUUCCCCUUGUAUUUCGUCAGCCGUCUCGUCACCGCCCGAUCAUGAUCAGCAGCAUGAUGAUGAUGGCAUGCAGUCUUUGAUAGGGCCUUUGGUGGACUGUCAUGUGUCUUUGAUGGAUACAUCAUCAUCAUGGUAUGAUGGUGAACAUCAUGAAAUGUUAUUCUUCGGUGAUGGAGCUCCGUUUGAUUACUACCCUGAACUGAAUUCGACUAUGAAUAUGGUCAAUGAUCAGUACUUCUACGAAGAUGCUGAUAUUCCGCUUUGGAGUUUCAGUUGA